AUGACUGGUAAUGGUGAAAGGGUGUUGCGCAUAGGGGUUAAGAGCAGUGGAGAAGAGAAAUGUUCUUCUACUGUAGAGGUGCAUAAAGUAUUAGGGGCAAUAAGCAAGUUUUUAGAGAAGCAUACAAACACAUGUAAGACAUGGUGUUUGAAACUAACUCAUGAUGGUAAUUGGGUAGGUUAUGUUAAGAAUGGAAUAGAUGGUAAUGCAUGGAAAGGGUUUGGUUGCAAUGCACAUCAGAAUUUUAACGGAUGUUAA